UUUUGAUAAUCCGUUAUCACUGGCUGGCAAAGCCGACUGUGCCAGAUUUUACAUUAAUAUUUGAUUAGUUGUAGUGUCCACGUGUCAGCCACAAUGCGUGUUUUAUGUUUUACCUUGGCUGUCUUUGGGAUGGUGGUGGCCCUACCAGUUCCAACAACCAAAACAGACCGCUUGAAACAGAUUUUGUCUGAACCUUACAGCCCCAAUAGAAAUGCCGCACUUGAAAAUCUUAUUCUUGGAUUAAUCGAGGAGCUACGUGAAACCAUGCUGAAUGGCAGUGACGAUAUUCCAGUAUUGGAUCCGCUAGAAAUCGAUCAUAUUUUAAUUGACGAUGAAAUUCUACCGUUCCCGGGUUCCAAGGUCACAAUCAACGAUCUCAAUGUGAAAAAACUAGCGACGUUCGAGGUCAAUGAUUUGACGGUGAGACGCACCAGCUUGAUUCUGCAGCGGUACAGGAUACAGCUUGAUGGAGAGGUUCCUGUUAUAGAUGUUGAUGUUGGUAACUACGACGUGUUGGUAAAUGCAAUGGGUUUUAAUAUCUUCGGAAAUGGCGACGCUAAGAUAAAAGUUAUUCAGCCAAGAAUAAAAGUGGACUUGCUGGUAGCACCCAGAAUCAGCAUUAGCGGUAUUUUUCUCAACCUUCUCGAGUGCGACAUCAAAUUUAGUCUUAGAGACUUCCAGCCCAACAUAACCGGAAUGUUCCACGAUAACGCAGUCAGUGCGUUUGUUAGUCUGUUCCUGCAGAAUUUGGUCGGGGACUUGCUUGAGCUUUACGAGGACGAUAUUAAUAAAUUCUUGAGUACGACGAUACACGAAGCUGCAAAUGAAAUUUUAAAAGAUUUAAAUCUUAUUAGCAUCUUGGGAUAAAAUUGAUAUUUAUAUUUUAUUGUAUAAAAUACUUUCUGCAAUGGUA